CGUUCUUUUAGAAUCAGCUGCCUUUUUCACUAAUCAGGAAGUAACCUCUUAAUUCAUGCUUGUUUUCAUAGAACGCAAGCAUCGCAAUGCCAGGACGUUAUCUUCUCACUUUGAUAUUGGCCAGUGCUCUGAUUUCUGUAACUGGAGAUUACAGUAUCAGACUGGUCAAUGGUAAUAAUGACUGCUCUGGAAGAGUUGAGAUGCUUUAUAAUGGCCAAUGGGGGACAGUGUGUGAUGACGACUGGGACAUGAAUGAUGCCGCUGUGGUGUGCAGACAGUUGGGAUGUGGAACAGCUGUUAGUGCACAAACCAGUGCUCAUUUUGGCCAGGGAAGUGGUCCGAUCUUGUUGGAUGAUGUGAGAUGUUCAGGAAGUGAAUCAUCACUCACACAGUGCUCACAUCCUUCUAUUGGAAUUCAUAACUGUGGUCAUUCUGAAGAUGCAGGAGUUGCCUGCUUCGGUAAAGACAUAAGAUUGAUCAGGGGGACUGACUCAUGCUGUGGAAGAGUGGAGAUCCGUUAUAAUGGCCAGUGGGGAACCGUGUGUGAUGAUGAAUGGGACAUGAAUGAUGCUGCUGUGGUGUGCAGACAGUUACAGUGUGGAUCAGCCAUCAGUGCACCUCAUAGUGCUGCCUUUGGUCAAGGCAGUGGAUCAAUCUGGCUGGAUGAUGUUAAAUGCUCAGGAAGUGAAGGAACCCUCACACAAUGUUCACACAAAGGACUAGGAAGUCAUAACUGUAAUCAUGGGGAAGAUGCUGCUGUUGUUUGUUCAGCAGGCAACCUGCAGAUGCCGACCCUUUCUUUGACCUCCAGACAUUCAGUUGUUUCUCCUGGAGAAAAUAUCCAGUUCAGAUGCACAACCCCUAAACCAAGAUGCAAUGCUGAUGCUAAAUUCCAGCUCUUCAGAAACGGACCAUCUAUAUCCUCCCAGGAACAUGAAUCUAGUGUCACUUUCAACCUUAAUGUAGACGUCUCACAUCAGGCCAGCUACAGCUGUCAAUACUCCUACAAGAGCAACACUAUCAAGUCACCUUCGAGCAGAACUGUUACCAUCACUGUGGUGAACUUGCAGCAGCCCAGCAUUUCUCAUAGUGCUCCUGAUGCAUGGUUCGACAAGCAGCUUCAGGGACCAGUGAUCACCAGGGGCCACAAUUUCACUAUCAUCUGUUCCACUGCAUCCCAGUUUCCUGGAGGCUCUUUUCACUUGUUCAGAGGGUCAAGCAUCACCAGGACUGAGGCAGCUGUCAAUCACUCUGCCUCCUUCUUCUUUCCUAAAGCAGAAUAUUCAAAUGAGGGAAACUACAGUUGUGUUUAUGAAGUCAGUGUCUCCUCACGCACCUUCAGUUCACCUGCCUCUGAACUGCUGCUCAUCACUAUCACAGAUCCGAGAUUGGUCAGUGGGACUGACUCAUGCUGUGGAAGAGUGGAGAUCCGUUAUAAUGGCCAGUGGGUAACUGUGUGUGAUAAUAACUGGGACAUGAAUGAUGCUGCUGUGGUGUGCAGACAGUUACAGUGUGGAUCAGCCAUCAGUGCACCUCAUAGUGCUGCCUUUGGUCAAGGCAGUGGAUCAAUCUGGCUGGAUGAUGUUAAAUGCUCAGGAAGUGAAGGAACCCUCACACAAUGUUCACACAAUGGACUAGGAAGUCAUAACUGUGGUCAUGGGGAAGAUGCUGGUGUUGUUUGUUCAGGCGACCUGCAGAUGCCGACCCUUUCUUUGACCUCCAGACAUUCAGUUGUUUCUCCUGGAGAAAAUAUCCAGUUCAGAUGCACAACCCCUAAACCAAGAUGCAAUGCUGAUGCUAAAUUCCAGCUCUUCAGAAACGGACCAUCUAUAUCCUCCCAGGAACAUGAAGCUAGUGUGACUUUCAACCUUAAUGUAGACGUCUCACAUCAGGGCAACUACAGCUGUCAAUACUCCUACAAGAGCAACACUAUCAAGUCACCUUCGAGCAGAACUGUUACCAUCACUGUGGUGAACUUGCAGCAGCCCAGCAUUUCUCAUAGUGCUCCUGAUGCAUGGUUCGACAAGGAGCUUCAGGGACCAGUGAUCACCAGGGGCCACAAUUUCACUAUCAUCUGUUCCACUGCAUCCCAGUUUCCUGGAGGCUCUUUUCACUUGUUCAGAGGGUCAAGCAUCACCAGGACUGAGGCAGCUGUCAAUCACUCUGCCUCCUUCUUCUUUCCUAAAGCAGAAUAUUCAAAUGAGGGAAACUACAGUUGUGUUUAUGAAGUCAGUGUCUCCUCACGUACCUUCAGUUCAUCUGCCUCUGAACUGCUGCUCAUCACUAUCACAGAUCCGAGAUUGGUCAGUGGGACUGACUCAUGCUGUGGAAGAGUGGAGAUCCGUUAUAAUGGCCAGUGGGGAACCGUGUGUGAUGAUGAAUGGGACAUGAAUGAUGCUGCUGUGGUGUGCAGACAGUUACAGUGUGGAUCAGCCAUCAGUGCACCUCAUAGUGCUGCCUUUGGUCAAGGCAGUGGAUCAAUCUGGCUGGAUGAUGUUAAAUGCUCAGGAAGUGAAGGAACCCUCACACAAUGUUCACACAAUGGACUAGGAAGUCAUAACUGUGGUCAUGGGGAAGAUGCUGGUGUUGUUUGUUCAGGCGACCUGCAGAUGCCGACCCUUUCUUUGACCUCCAGACAUUCAGUUGUUUCUCCUGGAGAAAAUAUCCAGUUCAGAUGCACAACCCCUAAACCAAGAUGCAAUGCUAAUGCUGAAUUCCAGCUCUUCAGAAACGGACCAUCUAUAUCCUCCCAGGAACAUGAAUCUAGUGUGACUUUCAACCUUAAUGUAGACGUCUCACAUCAGGGCAACUACAGCUGUCAAUACUCCUACAAGAGCAACACUAUCAAGUCACCUUCGAGCAGAACUGUUACCAUCACUGUGGUGAACUUGCAGCAGCCCAGCAUUUCUCAUAGUGCUCCUGAUGCAUGGUUCGACAAGGAGCUUCAGGGACCAGUGAUCACCAGGGGCCACAAUUUCACUAUCAUCUGUUCCACUGCAUCCCAGUUUCCUGGAGGCUCUUUUCACUUGUUCAGAGGGUCAAGCAUCACCAGGACUGAGGCAGCUGUCAAUCACUCUGCCUCCUUCUUCUUUCCUAAAGCAGAAUAUUCAAAUGAGGGAAACUACAGUUGUGUUUAUGAAGUCAGUGUCUCCUCACGCUCCUUCAGUUCACCUGCCUCUGAACUGCUGCUUAUCACUAUCACAGAUCCGAGAUUGGUCAGUGGGACUGACUCAUGCUGUGGAAGAGUGGAGAUCCGUUAUAAUGGCCAGUGGGUAACUGUGUGUGAUAAUAACUGGGACAUGAAUGAUGCUGCUGUGGUGUGCAGACAGUUACAGUGUGGAUCAGCCAUCAGUGCACCUCAUAGUGCUGCCUUUGGUCAAGGCAGUGGAUCAAUCUGGCUGGAUGAUGUUAAAUGCUCAGGAAGUGAAGGAACCCUCACACAAUGUUCACACAAUGGACUAGGAAGUCAUAACUGUGGUCAUGGGGAAGAUGCUGGUGUUGUUUGUUCAGGCGACCUGCAGAUGCCGACCCUUUCUUUGACCUCCAGACAUUCAGUUGUUUCUCCUGGAGAAAAUAUCCAGUUCAGAUGCACAACACCUAAACCAAGAUGCAAUGCUAAUGCUGAAUUCCAGCUCUUCAGAAACGGACCAUCUAUAUCCUCCCAGGAACAUGAAUCUAGUGUGACUUUCAACCUUAAUGUAGACGUCUCACAUCAGGCCAGCUACAGCUGUCAAUACUCCUACAAGAGCAACACUAUCACGUCACCUUUGAGCAGAACUGUUACCAUCACUGUGGUGAACUUGCAGCAGCCCAGCAUUUCUCAUAGUGCUCCUGAUGCAUGGUUCGACAAGGAGCUUCAGGGACCAGUGAUCACCAGGGGCCACAAUUUCACUAUCAUCUGUUCCACUGCAUCCCAGUUUCCUGGAGGCUCUUUUCACUUGUUCAGAGGGUCAAGCAUCACCAGGACUGAGGCAGCUGUCAAUCACUCUGCCUCCUUCUUCUUUCCUAAAGCAGAAUAUUCAAACGAGGGAAACUUCAGUUGUGUUUAUGAAGUCAGUGUCUCCUCACGCUCCUUCAGUUCACCUGCCUCUGAACUGCUGCUCAUCACUAUCACAGCCUCCCUGCUUCCUGUCAUUGGUGCCGCAGUGUCAGGUGUACUGCUCUUGUUGUCUCUCCUCAUAAUCAUCCUCCUGCUGAAGAGAAGGCAAAAGCAUAAGAAAAAGGAAACUCAUUUGAAGUGCUCUUUUACGAACGCUGCAGCUAAUACAUAUGCUGGUACAUCCCAUGAUAACAAAAAUGAAGAGGAUGAUGAGGCUGUUUAUGGAAAUGUACAACCUGAUGAAAACAUGGAUCAUGAUGAUUCUGAACAAGACUAUAUUAAUGUGGACUCUGGUCAUUCUGAGCAGGAUGAUGUGAAUGUAGACACUGAUGACUCUGAAGACGACUAUGUCAAUGUGAAUGUUUCAGUAAAUAACAGUGUGAUAGACAAAUCUGAUGGAAACAUUUAUGAAAGAACUCAAAACAUCAGUCUGGUCAAUGGCUUGGAUGCCUGCUCUGGAAGAGUUGAGUUAUUUUAUAAUGGCACAUGGAAGGCAUUGUGUGGUGCAUCCUGGGACAUUGAUGAUGCUGCUCUGGUGUGCAGAGAGUUGGGAUGUGGAAGAGCUGUUAUUGCAGAUGGCCAGUCUCUUUUUGGGGUAAGGGGUAAUGUCUGGCUAAACGAGAUCCACUGUAAUGGAGACGAGUCAUCCAUCACACAGUGCUUAGAAAAGAAUGGAAAUAAUUGUCCUCAGAGUAACGAAGCUGGAGUCAUAUGUUCAGCUUCUUCAUUUAUUAUCAUUGGUGUUGUGGUAAUAGCUGUACUGCUCAUAUUGUCUGCACUGCUGAUCACUUUCCUGGUGAGGAGGAGACAAAAACAAAAGAAAAUCCAAAUAAGCUCCCGUUCAAAAGUUAAUAUGCCAGGUGUGCUCCAUAAUGACCAGAAUGAAGAGCCUGCUGUGGAUGACUAUGAGCUUGUAGAUAUGGAUGAUGGUGAUCAUGAUGAUGUAAACUCUGACUCUGAUCAAGAUUACAUCAAUGUAGAUCAAAAUGACUCUGAACCAGACUACGUCAAUGUGGAAACAGACGAUUCAGAACAGGACUACAUCAAUGUAAAUAUAACAGAAAACAGAAGUUCACUGGACAGUAACUAUGAAGAUUUAUGUGUGUUUGCAGUUUUGGUUUUGUAUGUUUUAAAAAGAGCAGAUCGAGAGAUCUUAAGUCCAUUUGGGAGCAAAGCAAGGAUUACCAUGUCAAGACCUCCUCUUCUCUUUUUGAUAUUAGCCAGUGCUUUAUCUUAUGCAGCUGGAGAUUAUACUAUCAGACUGGUCAAUGGUAAUAAUGACUGCUCUGGAAGAGUUGAGAUGCUUUAUAAUGGCCAAUGGGGGACAGUGUGUGAUGACGACUGGGACAUGAAUGAUGCCGCUGUGGUGUGCAGACAGUUGGGAUGUGGACCAGCUGUUAGUGCACAAACCGAUGCUCAUUUUGGCCAGGGAAGUGGUCCGAUCUUGUUGGAUGAUGUGACAUGUUCAGGAAGUGAACCAUCACUCACACAGUGCUCACAUCCUUCUAUUGGAAUUCAUGACUGUAGUCAUUCUGAAGAUGCAGGAGUUGUCUGCUUACAGGACCAACUACCAGACAUAAGAUUGGUCAGUGGGACUGACUCAUGCUGUGGAAGAGUGGAGAUUCGUUAUAAUGGCCAGUGGGGAACCGUGUGUGAUGAUGAAUGGGACAUGAAUGAUGCUGCUGUGGUGUGCAGACAGUUACAGUGUGGAUCAGCCAUCAGUGCACCUCAUAGUGCUGCCUUUGGUGAAGGCAGGGGACAAAUCUGGCUGGAUGAUGUUAAAUGCUCAGGAAGUGAGGGGACCCUUAGACAAUGUUCACACAAAGGACUAGGAAGUCAUAACUGUAAUCAUGGUGAAGAUGCUGGUGUUGUUUGUUCAGGUGACCUGCAGAUGCCGACCCUUUCUUUGACCUCCAGACAUUCAGCUGUUUCUCCUGGAGAAAAUAUCCAGUUCAUAUGCACAACACCUAAACCAAGAUGCAAUGCUAAUGCUGAAUUCCAGCUCUUCAGAAAUGGACCAUCUAUAUUCUCCCAGGAACAUGAAUCUAGUGUCACUUUCAACCUUAAUGUAGACGUCUCACAUCUGGGCAGCUACAGCUGUCAAUACUCCUACAAGAGCAACACUAUCACGUCACCUUCGAGCAGAACUGUUACCAUCACUGUGGUGAACUUGCAGCAGCCCAGCAUUUCUCACAGUGCUCCUGAUGCAUGGUUCGACAAGGAUCUUCAGGGGCCAGUGAUCACCAGGGGCCACAGUUUCACUAUCAUCUGUUCCACUGCAUCCCAGUUUCCUGGAGGCUCUUUUCACUUGUUCAGAGGGUCAAGCAUCACCAGGACUGAGGCAGCUGUCAAUCACUCUGCCUCCUUUUUCUUUCCUGAGGCAGAAUAUUCAAAUGAGGGAAACUACAGUUGUGUUUAUGAAGUCAGUGUCUCCUCACGCUCCUUCAAUUCAUCUGCCUCUGAACUGCUGCUCAUCACUAUCACAGCCUCCCUGCUUCCUGUCAUUGGUGCUGCAGUGUCAGGUGUACUGCUCUUGUUGUCUCUCCUCAUAAUCAUCCUCCUGCUGAAGAGAAGACAAAAGCAAAGGAAUAAGGAAACUCUCUUUAAGUUUUCCUUCAAAAACGCUGCAGCUAAUACAUAUGCAGGUACAUCCCAUGACAAGAAAAAUGAAGAGGAUGAUGACUCUGAUUAUGAAAAUGUAGAAUUUAAUAAUAAAAACAUGCAUCAUGAUGACUCUGAAGAGGACUAUGUCAGUGUGGACGCGGAUGACUCUGAAGAGGACUACGUCAAUGCAAACUUUACGGAGGUUAAAAGUGUGGAAAACAAAUCUGAUGAUAACAUUUAUGAAAUCUAUGGUGAUGAAUACUUUAAAUUAUUUAGAGCUGCCUUUGGUCAAGGCAGUGGGCAAAUCUGGCUGGAUGAUGUUAAAUGCUCAGGAAGUGACGGAACCCUCACACAAUGUCCACACAAUGGACUAGGAAGUCAUAACUGUAAUCAUGGAGAAGAUGCUAGUGUUGUUUGUUCAGGUUAGUCAAAAUGUAAGUACCUUCACACAUUAUUUAUGGUGAAAUGAGCAACAGAAAUUACAAUAGAUUCAUGUUUUUCAUCAUUUUUCAACAUUUUUAAAUAAUAAACUUUUUCUUUUGCAGGCAACGUGCAGAUGCCGACCCUUUCUUUGACCAGUUCAAAGAAAGUUCAGCUGUUUCUCCUGGAGAAAAUAUCCAGUUCAGAUGCACAACACCUAAACCAAGAUGCAAUGCUAAUGCUUAAUUCCAGCUCUUCAGAAACAGAAACUACAGCUGUCAAUAGUCCAGAGCAACACUAUCAAGUCACCUUCGAACAAAACUGUAAGCAUUA